AACUAGGAAUUGGUUUUGGAACACAUCCUGGAUAUUGCAAAAAGUGGAUAACUGGAGUUGCUUGACAUUCAUCAACACCUAUAAGAGCUUCUGCAGUUUCGCUUAGCAGGCAUAUUAAAACGCUAGCACCUACUACACACACAUACGUAUAACGUGUGAGUAAUAACGAUUGAUUAAGAAUUCGUUACGAGGUAUGAUCGCAAUGUAUCAUCGAUGAAGAAGCUGAAAAAAAAGUCGGAUAGCACGAGAGGCGGGCAAGUGAGCAAGACAGUAGGCGCGACGAAUGUAAGCGGAGAUGCAUCACCUACCCGCGUAUGCAGAGAUUUUCUGCGAAACGUGUGUCAUAGGGGUAAACGUUGCAAGUAUUUGCACGAACGUUCCGAGGACGAUCCCGUAGAAGAAUACACGUUCUGCCAUGACUUUCAAAAUGGGAUGUGCAAUUGGCCUGGCUGCAAAUUCCUUCACUGCACAGAAAGUGAGGAGAAGAGAUUUCGAGCAACAGGAGAAUUACCUGCUCAUAUCUUGAGUAGGCUCAAAAAUAACAAUGAAAAGCCCGAAUAUCCAAUGUGUAAGGAUUUUAUCAAGGGUAGCUGCCAAAGGACAAAUUGUAAAUUUAGACAUUGGAAAAAUGAAGAACCACAACAUAAUUUGAUUAUAACAUCCCAUCAUAAUGUGUCCAGGCCGCAGCACAAUUUCAAUGGUACGAGUAACGGUGAGAAUCGCAGAUACGAGGAGGAUAGAAACUUUCACUGGCAAAUGGAAGAUCAACACAAUUUAGUCACAAAUAAUAGUUACAAUGCAUCUUCACAUCCACCUGAUUAUAUAGGACCUCCUGAACCAAAGAGACGAAUAGUUUCUGGUGAAACUGUUGUUCAUUUUGAAACUUCACCACUCGUAGGCCAACAUACCGCGCAACCGGUUACUUCAGGAUAUUAUUAUCCAGUGAUACCGCGUAAUGAAGCUAGAGCAAUUGUUUUGGAAGAUGAAAAUGCGUUACUAAGAAAGAAAAUAGAGGAAUUAAAAAAGCAAGUUAGCGAUCUAACAGCAACUAAUGAAUUUCUUUUGGAUCAAAAUGCUCAGUUAAGAAUGUCAGGGAAACGAACUGCAAAUGUAACAGCUGUUACAGUUCCAGCAGUUACUAUCACAAAUACUGUUCCACCAUCGCAAGCUCCAACACCUCAACAAAUGGUUAACGCAGCGGUAGCUGCUGGAACUUUACGUACAGUUACUGCAAGCGUUGCGACAGUUCCUGUAAGUAUAGCCACAGUUGCGCCUGUUUCUAUUGCAGCAGUUUCAAUGGCACCAGUAUCAAUCCCGCCGCCUAUCGUUACGAUGGCUCAACAAACGAUUACGAUGAGCGGUUCAGGUCCUCAGGCAACUAAUCAACAGCCACCUAAUACACAGCAACCUGCUAGUUUACCUCUUUCGAUAUCCGGUGCUACUGCACCGUUGGUUUCGUAUCCCAUUAUGACUCAAGAACUUAGGCCCGUGUUGCAGUAAAUAAAUUAUAAGCACGAAGGGAACGUCAAAUAGUACCUCAAGCACAUAGACAAGUCAAGAGUGCUGUCUCCUGCAUUCAGUCUUUCAAAAUAAUACUGUAUUUCUUCGACUACAAGUAACGAAUGCGAAUGAAAAGAAAAAAUGUAGAAAAAGUCUGCAGACUAUAAAAAAAGAUGAAAAUGUCAUAUUAAUUAAAGAAUGCGACAUCUUAAAUAUUUAUAUAGGAACUCAUAGAAAUUAUCAUACAGAGCAAAUAUAACGAUCAUAACUGUUUUGUACUACUAUGUCUUACAGCUGCUUAAGUUAAAUAUUUUCGUUCCUUUCAGUAAUUUAUCCUGCAGAACGUGAAUGCCGACUACGUUAAUAUGUUAAUAUGUGCAACACAAUAAAUGUCCAAAGUGUGUAUAGAUUUAGAUUAAUAAGAAUACUGAUCUAGAACCAUAUCAAAUGGUCAAAAAUGAUAUUCUCUUAUUCUUUUUUUAAUAAUGUAAUAUCAUGAAGAUACAAAUAAUUUUGUAGGUAAUUUUUUGUAUCAUUAAAAAAAUAAUCUCAUACAAGUAAAAAAAUUUGUAAAUUAAAAAAGAUAUAGAUAAGAAAUGACUCGUUUAGAUUAAUAUGUUAAGAUAAGUACAAAACUAGAAUGAAGCAUGUAAAUGAAUUAUAUUGAAAGUUCAAAGUUAAGGUUUAUCACUGCGACAAAAAUGGUGGUGGACCUUAUGAUUGUUCUCUAUGCACUGUUGUAAAUAGUAUUCUGUUGCUUCCUCAUUUUCUCAGAAAAAAUUUUUAUACUUCCAUCUUUUUAGCAAAUAAGUUAACGAUUCUUAUAAAAUAGUGAUAUUUUAAUUAAUUAAGUACUUAUUGUGAACUUUUGUGUUUUUACAAUUUUACUUAAGUAAAUGGCUUUGGGUUUAGGUGAUGGAAAGUAAAGACUAUGGAUUUAAACCUGACCCAUAAAUGUAAGAAUCAGGUAUACAGAUAAUGUAAUAUGCAUCCCAUAAACCAAAUAAAUAUGUGUAUGUUUUCAAGUCAUAUUAUUAGUCAUGGGUUGAUAUAUGUGUAUAUAUUUUGCGUAAUUAGUAUAAGAAAUUGAGCAAUAAGUACUCGUAUAUUUUACAUAUGCAUACAAAUGUAUAAUCUUUUAUGUAUAACUUUAUGUUAAUAAGCGCUCCAUUAAAAAGAUAGAUCUUACUUUAAAUUCUUCAGAAAUAGCACUCGUACUACAUUCUUUGUUCACAUAAUUGAAGUUUUUUAAAAUUUUAUUUUGUUAUUUAAUAUUUUACUUUAUUCUAAAAAAUUAUGAAAAAAUGUAUUUCAUAUAACUUUUGUUUAGUUUACCAUUACAUUCUAAACAUUAUUCUUAUUAAUGAGAAUGACAUUUGUUGUUCUGACAUUUACAAAAUAUUACGAAAUAUUUUUGAUUUCUGAAAUUGUAAAUAUAUAAAUUGUUCAAACAAUUGUAUUGCUUUGAUGUUCAAAAUGUUUAUAACUGCACUGAUUGAUAAAUUCAUAAAAUGAAAUAAAUGUGCUUACAUAUAGAUCUGCAAAUUAUUUAUUCUCAUAUUCCACUUUCUAAUUAUUAUUUUUUAUAGACGUAAAAUAAUCUUGUGGAGAAUAAUCUUCUUAGAAAUUUUGUGAAUGAAUAAUGAUGAAUUAUGUAUUUAUAAUAUACAAAAUUUGUAUUUUAACAUUUUCAGAUUUGCAAAGCUAUAUGUAUGUAAAAAGAUCUCUAUUUUUUCCUACGAGUUCUAAUAUAUGGGAUUUGCAAAGCUCUUUGUCCAGGUGGAUAGUUUAGACUACUUUUGUAAACACAGAUUGGUUAGCCAUAUCUCUACAGUAAUAUCCUCCUUUGUAAGUAUUUUAUGAAUGUAAAGAUCGCCAUCAGAUAAAGAAAAAAAGGUAAUAUAAUAGGAAUGUUAAAAAAUACAUUUCAUAACUUUGCAAAUGUUUGCUAACUGUUUCAAAAACACUGUUGAAAAUAAAUUUUUGUAUGUACAUAUAGAAACACAUGGACAAAUUUUUCUAUAAUAAUCUUCUUUGAUAUAAUUUCAAUUAUGUGCCAUUUGGCUAUUUAUUUAUACAAGAUAUACUAGAAGUAAUAACCAGUGAUACGAAACAUAUUAAGAAAUUCGCAAGUUACAACUGAACCCACAAGUUUGUAUUUCCAUCACUGUUACAACUUCUUAUUUUGUCUUAAUAAUUAUCAAUGUUACUUAUGCACUAAAAACAAGUUAUGUAGACCAAAAUAGUUAAUCAGUUAAAUUUGUUUUUAAGAUCUCAAAACAUUUUCUCACGUAAUAUGUCUUAACUCAUGCUAUUUUUUAAAAUACAUUAUUUAUAUAUAAAAUUACAUAUCAUUUUAAGGAUACAUUUCGUGUUAAUUAUCUAAAAAGUGAAUAUAAUUAUAUAUAUCAGGUAUAAAAUCAUUUUAUGUAAUACAUUAAAUUUAUCAUAAUUACUGGUAUUAUAUGAAUCACUAAUAAUAACUCAUAAUUCAUUUACUAAUUCAAAUAUAUGUAUAAAGCAGAUAGUAAUUGUAAUCUUGUACCUUAUACAAAGAUAUAUGUAUAUCUCAAUAUCUACAACUGGGAGAACUGUAAAGCAUGAUGUACGAGGAUCAUGCAGAAAGUACUACCCCUUUAUUAUAUAUUAUAUAUUAUAUUAUAUUAUAUAUAGCAACUAUAUAAAACGAUGGAAUGUAUUUGUGGAAGGUUACCUAGCUUCAUUCAUGUAUUGACAUAAGUCAUGAAAAAUUUUAUGUUUAAAUAUUUAAUAUUGUCUUUGUAUCACACGUUUAAAAUGACGAUGCGAAUUUCAUUUACCGUCGAUGACGCUUUUACGCUUCUCGAAGGCUGAAAAAUUCUUCCAAAAAUUAUUCACUACCGAAUUACAGCAGGUAACGAUAAUAGAGUUAUGGAUGAAUUAUUAGUAAGAUCGUGGGUGCGAUAAUUCAAUAGGGACAGAGAAACUGUACAUGAUCAUAAGCUUUCAGGUCGCCCGUGUCUCAUUAUAGAGCUCAAGAUCGUGUCUGUGAUUUCAUAGCAGUUUUUUUGCAAAAUUUCAAGAGUUGUUUGGUCGAUAAUAUUUCACAAGAAACAAUGAUUUAAAAGAUUGCAUAAAAUGAUGAUCAUGUGAACUGACGGCGGAAGUGUAUGACGAAGAUAUACAAAAACUCGUAUAACGUUACGAUAAGUGUUAAAAUGUAAAGCUGGUGGUUGUAUAAAAAAUAACUUAGUAUAUAUACUAAAAUUACAAAUAAAGAAAACUUUUUAAGAUGCA